CUAAAGAUGGCGCAGGACGCGGUCUCGGCUGGGCAGGAGGCGCGCUUGGCUGUCAGAGAGUGACGAGCUUGUGAGGAAGAUGGCUUCCGCCGGUGGGGGUGCUCUGAGUAUUUUGGAGUACUUUGGUGGGGAGGAUGGAAACCGGUGCGGGUACUGUAAGAGCGAGGCUAGCAGCAUGUCACACGGAAUGUGGGCCCAUACCCUGACUGUUCAAGACUACCAGGACCUCAUAGACAGAGGAUGGAGACGGAGUGGAAAGUAUGUGUAUAAACCUCUUAUGAACCAGACUUGCUGCCCCCAGUAUACUAUCAGGUUGUCCGCCUCAAAUUUCCAGCCCACCAAGUCCCACAAGAAGGUGCUUAAGAAAGUGUUGAAAUACCUCCAUGAUGGGGAAGUGUCUCAUUCCAAGGAUGAAGGCACUUCAGGAGAACCGAUGGAUUCCCAGGCAGAGAGUCCUGUUUCCUGUAAUGUUUCCAUUCCGGACAAGUCUGAGAUCCCAGAGGAGGAGCUGAAGCCCCUGAAUAUAGAACAAGAGGAAACAGUGGAAGAUGGAGAGUCUGACAAGCAGGAGGCAACUCGUGCCAGCAGCCUGUGUGAUAGGCAGGAACACUGCAUUCAGAAUACUGAAGUGGAGACACACAGCCAUUCAAACCCCAAGCCAGGACAAGGUGUGGACGUCACCAAGCCACCCUGUCGAAAAGCAAAGGAUAUUCGUAAGGAGCGUCGCAUGCAAAAACAUCCUUCCACAAACCCAGCCUGUAAAGCAAAAGGCAAAUGCAGCAAGUCUGUAGAGGAGUUUAUCUCACCUCCAGAGAAUGCCGCUCACCACUUGGAGGUCAAGUUAGUCCCUGUCUCCAUGGAGGACCCUGAAUUUGUCUCGUCCUUCGAUCGUUCUGCAGCCCUGUAUGCCAAGUACCAGAUUGCCAUUCACAAGGAUCUCCCUUAUAAGUGCAGCCCAGCUGAGUUCACCCGGUUCCUCUGUGAUUCUCCACUGGAGCUGGAGACUCGACCGGAUGGCCCUGCGUGUGGCUAUGGUUCCUUUCACCAACAAUAUUGGCUGGAUGGAAAGAUCAUUGCAGUUGGAGUGAUUGACAUCCUCCCUUAUUGCGUUUCCUCCGUAUACCUUUACUACGAUCCCGAUUAUGCCUUCCUUUCCCCUGGGGUCUAUUCUGCCUUACGAGAAAUUGCUUUCACUCGCGAGCUGCAGAAGAGGGCUGCCGACCUGCGCUAUUAUUAUAUGGGCUUCUACAUUUAUUCCUGCCCCAAAAUGAGAUACAAGGGUCAGUAUAAACCGUCGGAUUUGUUGUGCCCAGAAACGUAUUUGUGGACGCCCAUAGAGGAAUGUCUGCCCCUCCUGGAACGUUCUAAAUACACUCGCUUUAAUAGCAACCCCAAAGAAGGAGACAAAGAUAUGCUGACAGAGCUGGGUCGGGUUCGGGUACUGUAUAAACGCACGGCGAUGCCCUUCAGCAGAUACAAGAAGAGGCACAAAGGGCCAAACGACGAGGCAGCAGUGAGGCAAUACGCAGGCCUAGUGGGUCAGACCUGUGCAGAACGCAUGUUGCUGUAUCGCAGCUGAGACGGACAAUGAAUGCGGGCGCAGGGAUGUACUGCAUGCUAUUUUGUUCUGGAACAGCAUGGAGUUGGCUUCAAUGAAGGAGUAGGUGUUAGCCAGCAAAAAUUAGCAGCACCCAAAGCCUUCCUCUAUGCACUUAUUCUAUGCAAGGGCCUGCACGUCUUAUAACAUUAAAGAAAUAGUUCAGUUUAAAAAUAAAAACUGGGUAAAUAAAUAGACUAUGCAAAAAAAAAUUCUAAUAUAGUAAGUUAGCCAAAAAUGUAAUGUAUAAAGGCUGGAGUGACUGGAUGUGUAACAUAAUAGCCAGAACACUACUUCCUGCUUUUCAGCUCUCUAACUCUGAGUUAGUCAGUGACUAUAAGGGGGUCCAUAUGGGACAUAACUGUUCAGUGAGUUUGUAAUUGAUCCUCGGCAUUCAGCUCAGAUUCAAAAGCAACAGAUAUAUCCCAUGUGCCCCCCCCCCCCCCUCAAGUCUCUGAUUGGUUACUGUCUGGUAAACAAUCAGUGGAAAGCAAGAGAGCUGAAAAGCAGGAAGUAGUGUUCUGACCAUUAUGUUACACAUCCAGUCACUCCAGCCUUUAUACAUUACAUUUUUGGCUAACUAACUAUAUUAGAAACAUUUUUUAUUUUGCACAAGCUAUCUAUUUACCAAGGUUUUAUUUUUACCCUGAACAAUUCCUUUAACAGCCAAUGUGAGGCUUUAAUUCAUCAACAACAUCCUCAGUUACUUAAAGGAGAAUUAUUAGAGUUGCACUUUUGCAAUUGCUGGAGAGCUUUGGGUUACUUCCCCCCCCCCCCAGCCUCGUGUCCAGAAUAUCCUUUAUGUGUUCCACGACCUCUGCAAACUUGAACUAGGGCAAUUUUGGGGUGGGAAACAUCGCACUUUCAAGUUAUUUGUUGUUCUAGAUUAAGAUAAAUUGCCUUCCUGUGUGUUUUUAUUAGCGCUUGUUUAGGGUCAGGACACACAGGCAGAUUUGGGGAGAUUAGUCAACGAGCGGAUCUUAUAGUAUAUGGCCACAUUUAGGCAUUUGAUUGGCAGAUGUCAGAUCCAGGCUUAGCCCAGCGAAUCCCACUAUUGUAUGUUUUGCCAAAGGCAUGAACAACCUGAUGCGUUUAUUCCGAAUGUUCCCUGCUAUGAUCUCAGCAAGCACUUUUAUGAGGUGUCCUUCAGAUCUAAAUGCGCUCUUCAUUCUCUCUUUAUUAUACCAUGUGGCUCAGUCCAAAAAUGGAGCGCCUGCAAAUGAGCAGUUGGAACGAGCAACAGCAGUAAGUGUAUCAAGUGCAACAGCGAGUUGUUCUGUUUGAAUGUGUGACUAUAGAAUACUUAAAUAUGGGAACAGCCUUAUUUUACUACUUGUUACUGAACCCCCCACCUAUAUCUUUACUUUCUAUGUGCCACCUUAUGUAACAGGAUAAGUAAAGGCAAAUGAAGCGAUGUAGCAACAUGGGACAUCAUAUAUACACUUCUUGUUGUGGGACGGGGGGUUUAGAGCAAGAUUAAGGUUUAGGCAAAGAUUAAGGCAAAUUAAAGGUUUUCUUUUUUUCCUGCCACAAAAAGUAAAAAACAUUUUUAA